ACAAGCACUUGUCCUGGAGGAUAACAACGAUCGGUGUAAAGAAAGAUCCUUCUGGCGAAGACUACAAAAAAUGUAGAGUUUAAAUAACUUACGCAUUUAAUCAGCUUAUUAGUCUAUCGGAAUGGAGGACGAUUUGGUGUCGGAAGAUGAUAUCUUGCUGCGAUCAGAGAAGGAAUUUCACGAUGCUGCGAAGCGUAACGACACAGACAGGAUGCAGGAGCUGAUGAGGAGAGGAGUGAACAUCAAGGCCCAAAACAAACUAGACCGGAAGGCCCUGCACUGGGCAGCAGGGGCAGGAAAUGAGGAGGCCUUGCGGCUACUGCUGGAGAACGACACGGAGGUGGACAGUGCAGACAGUUUUGGAAUGAACGCUCUGCUGCUGGCUGCCUGGUUCGGACACCUAAAGGUUCUGCAGGUCCUCGUGGCCAGUGGGGCCAAGCUGAACUGUGAAAAUAAAAAGGGCUUGAAUCUGCUUCAUUGUGCGGCACAGCGCGGUCACAUCCGAGUGCUGCAGUUCAUCAUGGAGGACUUAGAGGACAUGAGACUAGACAGAGUGGACAAGUCUGGAAAGACAGCGUUCCAUCUAGCUGCUGAAAAUGGACAACUGGAGGUGGUGGAGUUCCUUAUAGGAAUGGGCUGUGCACACGGAGUCAAGGAUAAGGAGGAGAACGCCGCUCAGCACUCAGCUGCUCAACAGGGCCAUGCAGAGGUGCUGCAGAAGGUCAUCGAAAUCGCUGAGGACAUCGAUGAGAAAAACAUUGACGGUCUGACAGCCUUGCAUCUAGCUGUGAUUGGAGGACACUAUGAGUGUGUCAGACUGCUGCUGGAGGCUGGCUGCAAUGUCAACGCUCUUACCAAUAGGGAGGUGAAUGCGCUCUACUACGCUGCUCAGCACGGCAGAGAUCGGGAGGUACAGCUGCUGCUGGAGGCAGGGAGCUACGCUAACACAGUGGACAACGUCCAGCACACCACGCCGCUCCACGUGUCUGUCCUCAAUAACCACCCUGAGGUGGUGAAGCUGCUCAUCGAUGCUGAGUGUGAACUGGACAUUCCUGAUAAUAGGUUGCAGACGGCACUGCACAUUGUGGCCGAGCACGGAAGGCAGGGCAUGGCUGAGAUGAUCCUCAUUACUGGAGUUAACCUCAAACUGCUGGACAAGCAAGGGAAGAGCUCUCUAGAUGUGGCGGCCCGGGCCAACCAUGUGAACCUGGUGGACAUGAUUAUCAAAGCAGACCGCUUCUACAAGUGGGAAAAGGACCACCUGAGCGAGGGUUCGGACCCGCUGGGGGGGCGGCCGCUGAGCUUCAGGCAGGACCACCAGCCAGAGACACAGCACUUCCGCGCCGUCAUGUGGAGGCUGGCCACCAAGUACCUGAGCCCGGGGGAGUGGAAGGUGCUGGCCGAGGUGUGGGGCUUCACCGACGCACACGUCAGGGCCAUCGAGCAGCAGUGGACAGGCACUAAGAGCUAUAAGGAGCACGGUCACCGUAUGCUGCUGAUCUGGCUGCAUGGGGCGCUGGUUGCCGGGGACAACCCCAUCAAGGGCCUCUACGAGGGGCUAGUGGCCAUCGACCGCCUCGACCUCGCAGAAAAUGUACGACAAAAGGCCAAUGCAGACCCAGACACACCAAAGAAAUGCAACGCAAUGUGAAACACUGCUGUGAAUACUGGAUGCAGACAUUUUUGCAUUUCCAAAUAACAUCUUAAUAUAUGGCACAAUCGUUACAGAGUAUAAAAAUACAGUAAGCACUGACAUUAAAACUAAUGGUUAAUGAUGAGACUUCCUCAGCCUUGAAGAGAGAUGAAAUAUUUUCUAUGGACCAAAAUCAGGUGAUGACAUUUUUAUCAUUAUUCACUCUGAGUCUGGAUGUUUUUUACUUUGCCUCCAAGGCAACCAUGAGUAGUGUGUUGAUACACUGACCUUCACUCAACUAUACUCCAACUAUGCACGUUGGUGUUUUAUUACUCUUGAAUGUUUGACUUUCUUAGGAUUUCUUUUUUUUUUUUUUUACCUUAACAUUUUGUAAAAUAAAUCAUUAAAUUUUACACAAGUGUAUAUUGCUGCAAGUGUAAGGCAAUAAAUAUUGGUAAGCAUUUGGAAAAUUGUGUUAAUGGAUGAUUCGGUGUGUUUGUGGAUGAGGCCGUUUUCUAUGCACCGAGUUACAUGGUAAUGAUGUCCAACUCUUAAUGUGAAAAAUGUGCUCAAUGGAUGGGGAAUUUUCAUUGACGCAUUUGAACUGUACAUCAAAUACAUCAUUUGUAUUCUACUUUUAAAAAGCUUUGCAUGGAUCAGCAUGUUUCACCUGUGUGAUCAGAACCUCGCAUAUCAUUUGGAGUUGUUCGUGAGCAUUAUUUAUUGACUGCACUAGUUAAAAAUGUUGAAUGCUGUAAAAAAAUAAAAAAAAAUUCAAAUGCUGCAGAAACAGCUGAUCCAAACUCAGUUGUUUACCUGUUUUCCUACUAUGCAUGAACUGAGGUGUGCUUUGUUGAGGUCUCAAUAAAAUGUCAACACUAAAUGCGAAUGACACUCUUCUGCUUUUUACUGUCAAAUAA